CAACGUCAGAAGUCGGCGCGGGCGACGGCGCCUCUAUCCUGCCGAGUGCGGCGAGUGGUCUGGGUGAGGACCGCCAUGAGCAAGCGGAACCAGGUGUCGUAUGUGCGGCCUGCCGAGCCCGCCUUCCUGUCCCGCUUCAAGGAGCGAGUCGGCUACAGGGAGGGGCCCACCGUAGAGACCAAGAAAAUCCAGCCUCAGCUCCCAGAUGAUGAUGGUAAUCACAGUGACAAAGAAGACGAACAGCCUCAAGUAGUGGUUUUAAAAAAGGGAGACCUAACAGCCGAAGAAGUCAUGAAAAUUAAAGCAGAAAUAAAGGCUGCCAAAGCAGAUGAAGAACCACCUCCAGCUGAUGGAAGAAUCAUGUAUCGAAAACCUGUUAAGCGUUCCUCAGAUGAAAAGUGUUCAGGUUUAACAGCAAGCUCCAAAAAAAAGAAAACAAAUGAAGAUGAUAUAAAUAAGCAGAAUUCAGUUAGAAAGAACUCACAAAAACAAAUAAGAAACAGUAGUCUCCUUUCUUUUGACAAUGAAGAUGAAAAUGAUAAAACCUUAGUUUGGAUGAAGGCAUGGCUAUGUGCCUGGUUGAAAAUAACUUCCCAAGCCAGAUGUAAUAACCUAUAACCCCAGCACGUGGAAAACAGACAGAGGUAUGAGGAAUUUCAACACACAGUGAGAGACUGUCUCAAAAAAGAAAGUAAGUACUUUCUAGGGAACAAUACAGAGAUUUGUAUGGCCCUGUGCAACAAUGGCAUGGAGAUUCACGAUGUCUUCCAUAUUCAUACAAGGAAACCUACAAACUGCAACUCAUACUAUUUAAAGAUGUUCAGAAACAGGAGUCAGUGAUUAUUUCAAAAUUUAGCAUUUUGAAAAUAAGCUUUCUGUGGAACUUUAAUUUAUUCUUUGUUUUGUUUUAUUUUGAGACAGGAUUUCUCUGUGUGGCACUGGCUGUCACUCUGU